AUGUCAAGGAGCUACCAGCAAGUCUUGGCACUUGUAUUUGCCGUGGAGAAAAUCAACAAGGAUCCCCAUUUCUUACCCAAUAUUUCUCUGGGAUUCCGUAUCUAUGAUAACUAUUACAAUGGAGGCCAAACCUAUGAGAACAUCAUUAGCCUUCUGUCUGAAAGGGAUGAGCUCACUCCGAUUCCUCCACCUCUCUAUGGAUAUGAAUACUACUAUGGUUAUGGACAGCCAUCUUAUAACAUGAUGGGCAUAGAGGAUGCAGAGAAGGUCACAAUAUUUCCCAACUACAAUUGUCAAGGCCACAAGAAGAUGGUGGCUGUCAUUGAGGGGCUGACAUCAGAGUUCUCCAUGCAGGUGGCCAACAUGCUGGGGAUCUACAAGUUACCACAGUCUGUAACUCUGAACAAAUAUCCCGAUGACAUUUUCAUUAAGAAUUUCUGGAGCAAAGAAUUUAAAUGCAACUUGCCUCCUCCCCGUUCGCAGCCACCAUCGCUUGGAGUCCGGCAAUGUACUGGGCAAGAAAAGCUGGACGGCCCAUAUCCACCUAAUUCUAAGUGCAGCGAUAACUGUCCCCCUGGAUUACGGAAAGUCCCUCUCAAUGGCAAACCCAGUUGUUGUUUCCAUUGUACUGAAUGUCCCAAUGGGGAAAUCUCUAACCAAACAGAUAUGGACCAUUGUGUGGUUUGUGAAGAACAUCUCUAUUCAAAUGAAGCAAGAAAUGCAUGUAUCCCCAAAAACAUAAUCUACCUGUCCUAUGAAGAACCUUUGGGAAUUAUUUCAGCUUCCACUUCUUUUUCUUUCUCAGUUUUUGCUGCCCUGGUGCUAGGAACUUUUAUUAAGUUCCGAGAGCGUCCUACAGUCAAAGCCAAUAACCGUACUCUCAGUUAUAUUCUCUUAUCCACUCUGAUACUCUGUUUCCUCUGUUGCUUGCUCUUCAUCGGUCGACCACGGAAAAUGACCUGCCUUUUUCAGCAACCAGUCUUUGGGAUCAUUUUCUCUGUUUCUCUUGCUACCGUCUUGGCCAAAACCAUCACUGUGGUCCUGGCCUUCAAGGCCACAAAACCAGGCAGCGGUGCACGAAAAUGGCUGAGACCUAGACUUUCAUACUUCUUUGUGAUGGUCUGCUCUCUCAUUCAAGUUGUGAUUUGCAUGGUCUGGUUGGGAACCUCCCCUCCAUUCCCAGAUGCUGAUUUCUACUCAGAGCCCGGACACAUCAUCCUGGAGUGCAAUGAAGGCUCACCCAUUGCCUUCUAUUCUAUUCUGGGCUUCAUGGGUUUCUUGGCUUUGGUGAGCUUCAUUGUGGCUUUCCUUGCCAGGAAGCUGCCCGACAUCUUCAAUGAAGCCAAGUUCAUCACUUUCAGCAUGUUGGUUUUCUGCACUGUCUGGGUAACUUUCAUCCCAGCCUAUCUCAGUACCAAGGGGAAAUAUACGGUGACUGUGGAGAUCUUCUCAAUUUUGGCCUCUAAUGCUGGCUUACUUGGCUGUAUCUUUCUACCUAAGUGCUAUGUCAUUCUACUGCAUCUAGACAAGAACCAAAAAGUGCAAAUAAACAACAAAUAUUUUCACCGAUAAUAAAGGGACAUAAAGUGUAAACUAAAAAAGGGUUCUAUUUUGAG